AGCGAGCUCGCGGCCGCUUCCCCGGCGCCGCGCGAGGAGCGAGGCUGCGGAGACAGGCGGCGGCAGUGCGGCCAUGGGCGCGCCGGUGUCGCCCUAGGACGGGCGCGCGGAGACCGCAGCCGGAGCGGCAGCCAGCCUUCCCGAGCGGCGGCGGCGGCAGGAGCAGCGGGGCCGGGAUGAGCGGGAGCAGCGCGGCCCCCGGCCCAGGUUCGGGCUCUUCCCCGGCCGCCUGCCGCUUCGCGCACUACUUCGUGCUGUGCGGGAUCGACGCGGACAGCGGGCUGGAGCCCGAUGAGCUGGCGGUUUUGUACCAAUGGCUAGAAGCAGAUCGUCAUGGCAAGAGCCAAGGUGCUGCAAAUACGACCUCAGGUGAAAAUUUUGACCAGAGUCCUUUGAGAAGAACAUUCAAAUCCAAGGUUCUAGCCCACUAUCCUCAGAAUAUAGAAUGGAACCCUUUUGAUCAAGAUGCAGUGAACAUGUUGUGCAUGCCGAAAGGGCUAUCUUUCAGAACACAAACUGACAAUAGAGACCCUCAGUUCCACUCAUUUAUAAUUACCCGGGAAGAUGGUUCUCGUACCUACGGUUUUGUUCUCACUUUUUAUGAAGAAGUUACAAGUAAGCAAAUCUGCACGGCAAUGCAGACGCUCUACCAGAUGCACAAUGCGGAGCAUUACAGCAGUGUCUGCGCUUCCUCCUCCUGCAGCAUGGACUCUCUGGCGAGCAGCAUUGACGAGGGAGAUGCAACUUCUCUUUUGAAACUCCAGCGAUACAACUCCUAUGACAUCAGCAGAGACACCCUGUAUGUUUCUAAAAGUAUAUGUUUGAUCACACCACUGCCUUUCAUGCAGGCCUGCAAGAAAUUCCUCAUCCAGCUUUACAAGGCAGUUACCUCACAGCAGCCACCACCCUUGCCGCUGGAGAGCUACAUCCAUAAUAUUCUCUACGAGGUGCCCCUUCCACCUCCAGGGAGAUCGCUGAAAUUUUAUGGUGUUUAUGAACCCAUCAUCUGCCAGAGGCCUGGGCCCAGUGAACUCCCCCUCUCCGAUUACCCUCUUCGAGAGGCCUUUGAGCUCCUGGGAUUGGAGAACCUGGUGCAGGUGUUCACCUGUGUUCUUUUAGAGAUGCAGAUCCUUCUCUACUCGCAAGAUUACCAACGCCUGAUGACUGUGGCGGAAGGCAUCACCACACUUUUGUUCCCAUUUCAGUGGCAGCAUGUUUAUGUGCCCAUCCUCCCUGCUUCUCUGCUACAUUUUCUUGAUGCUCCUGUCCCCUAUCUGAUGGGCCUUCAGUCAAAAGAAGGAACUGACCGUUCUAAACUAGAACUUCCUCAAGAGGCUAAUUUGUGUUUUGUGGAUAUUGACAACCAUUUUAUCGAGUUGCCUGAAGAAUUUCCACAGUUCCCCAAUAAAGUGGAUUUUAUCCAGGAACUUUCUGAAGUUCUCCUUCAUUUUGGGAUCCCUCCCGAGGGCAGCCUGCAUUGCAGUGAGAGUGCCACCAAACUGAAGAAUCUGGUUCUGAAAGACUUGGUCAAUGACAAGAAGAAUGGCAAUGUCUCCACUAAUAACAUCAGCAUGUAUGAGUUACUGAAGGGCAAUGAAACCAUAGCCCGCCUCCAGGCUCUAGCCAAGAGGACCGGCGUGACCAUGGAAAAAAUGGACCUUCCUGCCUCUGUGGGUGAAAAAGAAAAGGAUUUGAAACUGCAGUGUGAAGAGGCAGAACUAAGGGACUACCAGCUCAACGUACAGCUCCGAGAGGUGUUUGCUAACCGCUUUACACAGAUGUUUGCAGACUACGAGGCGUUUGUGAUUCAGAGUGCCCAGGACAUGGAAUCCUGGCUCACCAACCGGGAACAGAUGCAGAACUUUGACAAAGCUUCCUUUCUCUCUGAUCAGCCUGAGCCAUACCUGCCAUUUCUUUCACGCUUCAUUGAAACACAGAUGUUUGCCACCUUUAUUGAUAAUAAAAUUAUGUCUCAGUGGGAGGAGAAAGAUCCUUUGCUUCGAGUCUUUGACUCUCGGAUUGAGAAGAUCAGGCUGUAUAACGUAAGGGCACCCACCUUGAGGACGUCUAUUUACCAGAAAUGCAGCACUUUAAAAGAAGCAGGUGAACUCUUUAGGCAGAGGCUCUCUGCUGUUGAUAUUGCGGCACCAGAACCUCAUGAUUUCUGUGCAGAAAGGCAACAAGUUGAUACCCAGUCAAUUGAGCAGCGGCUGAUGAAAAUGGAUCACACUGCAAUCCACCCCCAUCUACUUGAUAUGAAAAUUGGUCAAGGCAAAUAUGAGCAAGGGUUCUUUCCAAAGUUACAGUCCGAUGUUUUGGCAACAGGACCAACUAAUAACAACCGCUGGGUAAGUCGGAGCGCCACCACGCAGCGCAGGAAAGACCGCCUUCGCCAGCACUCGGAGCACGUGGGCCUGGACAACGACAUGAGGGAGAAAUACAUGCAAGAGGCACGAAGUUUAGGAAAAAACCUGAGGCAACCCAAACUGUCAGACCUCUCUCCGGCAGUGAUUGCACAGACCAACUGGAAAUUUGUAGAAGGCUUAUUAAAGGAAUGUAGAAUGAAGACGAAACGCAUGCUGGUGGAGAAGAUGGGCCACGAGGCAGUGGAGCUGGGCCACGGAGAGGCGAACAUAACGGGCCUGGAGGAGAACACCCUGAUCGCCAGCCUCUGCGACCUCCUGGAAAGGAUAUGGAGCCACGGCCUUCAGGUCAAGCAGGGGAAGUCGGCUUUGUGGUCACAUUUAAUUCAGUUUCAGGACAGAGAAGAGAAACAAGAGCACCUUGCAGAAUCACCAGUUGCCCUCGGACCAGAAAGAAGAAAAUCUGACUCAGGAGUUAUGUUGCCAACCCUCAGGGUCUCCCUUAUCCAAGACAUGAGACACAUUCAAAACAUGAGCGAGAUCAAGACUGAUGUUGGACGCGCUCGGGCAUGGAUAAGGUUGUCUCUAGAGAAGAAACUCUUAUCCCAGCAUCUCAAGCAGUUGCUCUCUAACCAGCCACUCACCAGAAAGCUUUAUAAGCGUUACGCUUUUCUACGUUGCGAAGAAGAAAGAGAACAGUUUCUUUACCAUCUCCUUUCCCUCAACGCUGUGGACUACUUCUGCUUCACCAGUGUGUUCACCACUAUCAUGAUUCCAUAUAGGUCAGUGAUCAUCCCCAUCAAAAAGCUGAGCAAUGCGAUCAUCACAUCAAACCCCUGGAUCUGUGUGUCGGGAGAGCUAGGAGACACGGGAGUGAUGCAGAUUCCAAAAAAUCUCCUUGAAAUGACUUUUGAGUGCCAGAACUUGGGGAAGCUGACUACUGUUCAGAUUGGUCAUGAUAACUCAGGACUGUUAGCCAAAUGGCUAGUGGAUUGCGUCAUGGUCAGAAAUGAAAUCACAGGACAUACUUACAGGUUCCCCUGUGGGCGGUGGCUGGGGAAAGGCAUUGACGACGGCAGCCUGGAGAGGAUCCUCAUUGGAGAGCUGAUGGCCUCUGCGGCAGAUGAGGAUCUGGUAAAGCAGUGCCGGACUCCCCCCCAGCAGAAAUCACCCACCACGGCCCGGAGACUCAGCAUCACUUCACUAACAGGAAAAGCCACCAAACCCAAUGCUGGACAGAUCCAAGAAGGAAUUGGAGAAGCUGUGAACAACAUUGUGAAACAUUUUCACAAACCUGAAAAAGAGAGAGGAAGCCUCACGGUGCUGCUCUGUGGAGAAAAUGGCCUGGUGGCAGCACUUGAACAAGUUUUCCACCAUGGGUUCAAAUCUGCCCGCAUCUUUCACAAGAACGUCUUCAUUUGGGACUUCAUAGAGAGAGCAGUUGCUUAUUUUGAAACCACUGACCAGAUUCUAGACAACGAAGAUGAUGUCCUGAUUCAGAAAUCAUCCUGCAAAACCUUCUGCCACUAUGUAAACGCUAUUAAUACCGCACCCAGGAACAUUGGAAAAGACGGCAAAUUCCAGAUUCUAGUUUGCCUUGGAACACGGGAUCGCCUGCUCCCGCAGUGGAUUCCGCUCUUAGCUGAGUGCCCUGCCAUUACCCGAAUGUAUGAAGAGAGUGCCCUCCUGCGGGACCGCAUGACCGUCAACUCCCUCAUCCGCAUUCUGCAGACCAUUCAGGACUUCACCAUAGUCUUAGAAGGAUCUCUCAUCAAAGGAGUGGAUGUGUAACCCAACUGGCUAGACACUCUCAGUCCAGACCCCUUGCUCCCGAACCUCCCCCGUCUCCGGGACCGAUGUGGACUUGUCUGACAAGGUAGUGAGUUACUGCCGGGGGCGACGCGCCAUAUCCCCCGAUUCGAACAAUCCUCACACUACAGACAAGGCAAAAUGCUGUAUUGUAGUUCAUUUGAACCAGGAAUUUAGUAUAAAAUAGAGUAUUUUCAUGUGUUAGAUGUGUGUAAAUAUGCUAUCUUCUUUAAGAAAUUAUAUUACAUUACCCAAAUAAGAUACUUUUCUUAGAUUGAAUAUCCCUGUGAUUUAAAAUAAGUAGCUUAAAAGCUUUGGGAGUUGGGUGGAGGAAGAGUCGUGCUAGUCAGGAAGAAGCCAGUAAACAUGUAAAUAGAGGGCAACCCAGCUGGGCUUUUUUCCCUCCGGGUAUCACAAAGGAGCCCAGAAUGCAUUGUUGUGUCGUAGCCAUCCGUCCUGGUGGCGGAUCCCUUGUAUUGUGAAUGUAAACAGCUCUAUCUACUGUACGGGGGCAGUCCUCACUUGUAUCUUUUAAGUUGCAAAUGGUUUCAUUCAUAUGAAUUGAGUCACUUUUCCAGCCUUUUGGAAAAAAAUUUUUUAUCAGCACAAGAUGAAGAUAUAAUUCAAAUACUUUAAAUACUGAACCCCAGGAGCUUGGUUUAACUGGAAAUAGAACACACAAAGCCUUGAGAAGUGUGUUAAAUUGUGGGAUUAUAACUUCUUUACAGUUCGGAAAGAUUAACCUAGACUAACUUCAUUCUUGGCAUUUUUAUUCUUGUUACUUGAGGCACUUCGGGCAGAUGUGAGUUGCAAAGUAUUGGCCUCUUAGUCAAAACAACUGCAAACGGCAGUUUGAUUCUGUAUUUUCUAUUUGGCCAUCGAAACCCUGCACUGGUCCCUUACCUCUGAAGGGUAACCAUAAACCCCGUCUUUGUUUGGUUCCCAACACCCCCUCCCCUCUCCGGUGCCCAUCCCCCUCUCAGGAAAUGGAAGGAAUUUCUGAGAAGGAGGAGGGCUCUGUGUGGCUUGGAAUGUAUUGUGAAAGUAUUUGUUGACCAAGAUAAUGCAAAUAACAGAAGGAGAGAGAAAGAAUGAACCCUUUCUGGGUGUUUCAGGGCAAGCUUUACUUUCCUUUGUGAGAGGGGGUAAUAACAUAAAGCAACUGGCCCACAAAAGGUAAAAGCCAGUACAGCACAGACAGGCAAAAUGCAAGCAAAACAAGACGCAACAGUUUUCAAAGACCAAAUGUUACGAGUAACUUUCCAGUUUGGUACUUUACGAGAAAGUUAAAUACAUGCAGUGUUAGCUAGUUACCUUAAGUCUUCAUCAUAUAGCAGGUCUGUAAUUAGGCAUUUGCACAUUGUUAGCAGUGAAAUUGCCUCAGCAGAGCUCCGGGUUUUACUCACAGUUGCGGCCAAGUCGCAAAGCUGUGGCCCCUCAGGGCUCUUGUGCGAUCUGAGGGUCCUGGGCCUUAGCCAGUGAUGUUGUUUCCCUUAUUUCCUGGAGGAAGAAACUCAUGAAACAAGUGCCUCACUCCCUUUAUCUAACUGUGUUCAGCCCGAGCAGCCCAGGCACACCCCCUUUUGACGUGUGACUUAGCUCUUGAGGGGAAACGGGGGCUGAAGAUUUUAGAAACGCAUGGAAAGGACUUAAGGAGGUGUUUCUGGGUGACUUGGGGGCCCAGACGUUUGUUUAGCUGGAGGCUAAAGUGUGUCUGUAGUGGUGCGGCAGUUCAGGGACAGGGGAAUUCUUUCAUGGGAGGCCUCCAGAACCUGUUUCACACCAGGCUCCUACAGUGUUUCAAUGAUCAGAAACCAGGGAAUGAUCCAGCCCAGAGAUUUGUUCUUCUUACCUUUUCCAUGAGGCCAUGCUUCUGACACGCUCCGGGCAACCAGGGAGGCGGCUUCAUUAGACUGAGUCAUCUAGUCCGGCCUUCUCGUUUUAUAGGUGGGAACACUUAAGGAUUAAAGAGAUGAAAUACUCCCACAGCUGGUUGGCGACAACACAGGGUCUAGAAUACACGUUUGUUUAUGACAUUAGGCUGCAGGGGACUGACCUCCAGAGCACUCACCUUAAUAGUCUUUCCACCCUUGGAUUUUUAGUCAUCCACCCAUACAGAUAGGAAAGAAGGAUUAAUAUCCACGUCUACUAAUCAUUUAUAAGAAUUGAUCACAAGUUGUAAAAACCGGGAGAAAAUUGGAUAUGGGUGUCUGUGACUAAAACCAUUUAAAAGAUAAUGCCCACAAAGAGUCGUCCUACCUAAAGGUUUACCCCGCUCUGUGCAGUUAUGACUGCAACAGUGAAAUGACCAAUUUCAAGAGAAAGAGACACGCCCUCUACAAUCCUAGGCCCUUUGAAGCGAUCGCCUUGGGAGCCCGUUCAUCUUAGUCCAGCGAUGCAGCCAGUGCUCCCAAUACGGGAGGACCUCUGUCCGAGCUGCAUGCAAGGCCUGCAGCCCAUAGGAUCCAAGUUGAUGAAUAAAAAGGAUGCUCAAGCAGAGUUACAGUCACAAAGAAACACAAUCCUAAAGAAAUAAGAUUUAGUUCUUACCUGGCUUUAUUUGCAUAACUGUCUCUGAGCCAGUACCAAACGACUUUGAGUAGGGUGAAGCAGGACCCUCAGAAUAAUGUGCGUAGCCUUCCAAGCUGACUUUUGGAAGGACCAUACCCUUUAGAGGUAUCCUUUUUGUUAGGUUUAUUUUUAAAAUUAGUAUAUUUCAUUACAGUCACACCUCAAAGUAAAUAAAAAUCAGUUUUGUAAUGAACAUUUUUCCCUCAAAAUAAAGGUAUUGCCUGGAACAAUAAUUGGUAUUUUUGCAUAAUAAUGGCUUAAAAAGAAAUUGCUUUAAAAUUACAUUGCCAAAAUUAGUACCUCUAGAGACUUUUUUUUCAGGUGGCCUGGAACUCCUAACCUCGACCUUUGUGGCACAGUAACAUCACCCGAUGUCGGUGUUAUGGGUGAGACCCCACAGCUGUGCCCUGCCGAGGCUCAUUAGCACCUUAAAAUGGGCUGAGGCGCAGUGGCCAGUGGUAUAAAAAAGUGAGGUUCCAGGUGGUAGGAACAGGCCACCAAGAGAAAAAGUAAGGCCUCCCAGCCCUCCCCAUCCUCUUUCCCACGAAGGGCAAGAAUUUGAUAUAAGUAACCUAAAACCUGCAAAAGUUUACCAUUUCCCUCUAAAGUUCAUUUUCAGUGUUUCACAGAUUUUUGUACCUUUUGUAACCUUGUAGUAUUUACUUUAACAUGGCUUUUUAAAAAAAUUGUUUUAAUGAACUUCUGUCACACUAUAUGAUAUAGGGGAAAUACUGAAUUGCUUAUAUUUCCUUUUUUUGGCAAUAAAUCACUGGUGUAUGUAAAUAUAAGUGAAAGGGGUAGAGACUAUACCUAACAGUUUGUGUGUAGUGUAUGUUGACACCUCUAGAUAUUUUGAAACAUGAGGCAACAGACAAGGACCUCAGAUCUCCAGGGAAAUAUUUAUUUGAUAGCAGUGUGAGUAUAGCUCUAAAUAAUGAAAUCUCUCUGCAAAGAAUUAUGAUUUUUCAGAAGAUUUUUAUUUUGAGAACUGUGAGUAUUCUAUCUGUGAGGUUUACAGAAGCUAGUCCAUCCUUUUCACCCUAUUGAAAGGACAAUCUGAACCUUCUCUAUUUAUGUUUCAGUAUUAACACACCUUCAUUGAUUGAGAAUGGAGUCUUCAGCUCCUCUUUACUUUUAUAAAGUGAAUCCUAUUUCCAAGUCAUCUAUGUCUUUAGAAGUCCCUGUUUCUUAUGUUAAGUAUUUAUUACAUUACCAUUUAGCUCAAUAGUGGACAGAAACAAAUAAUAAACUGUUAGACCCCUUAUUCUUAUUAAAAUACAUUUAUAAAUCUCUUCAAUCAGACUGAUUGCCGAGCUUUUUGAAGAGAGUAUUGAUGGAGUGUGCUCAAAAGGAUUCAAGGAGAACCUCAUCCUUUCAGAUCUUACUAGAACUGAUAGAUCGACCUCCAAGGACAAAAUAAAAAUUAACUCCAGAAAGAUAACACAUCGAGCAAUUAAUAGGAGAGUGAAAAAUAUCAUCAAAAUAUUUCUCCUCCUCUGAAAAAAAAUAAUUCUCUUCAUUUGAAGGAAUCCAGGGUAUCCUUGGGUUAUAUGAGAAGGAAUAAUACUUGAUUCAAUUACCUGAAUUUAUUAUGUACGGCUCCAGUCUUUAUUCCAAACACCAAAUCUUCUUGACAAAGAGGUAUGGUAAGGAAUUCCUGUUGUCAAUCAACUGAAGGUGUUAAACAUAUAGAAAAAAAAUCCUCUAUGUUACACUUGAACCAUGUAUAAAUGUACCCUGUGUAUCUUUUUAACAAAUGAGCAUUUCUGCAUUUAAAUUAUAUUGUUUUACUUUGUAUUGUCAACAGAAUCAGAACUGGAUUUUUUUUUUCCUCAUCAGAACAUAAUAUAAAAUUUAAAGAGUAUUGUGAUACCAAGCACUUUAGCAUACAUAUGAGAGAAACUGACGUGGGUUUUUCAGGUUUUAGAGUACAUUUAAAUAUGACUUUUCAUGCUUUGUUCUUUACAAUAAAACUGUGGGAUUGAUACUUUGUUUUGCUUCAUUAUUAUAGAAUCUUAACACUGACUAUUUAACAGAGCAAGUAAAGUCAG